AAGAUAAUUAAACAAAUCAGAGGUAAAAAUGGCAAAAACUGAAGCUCCUAGUUUGGUAGGGAAGCUAGAGACAGAAGUGGAGAUCAAAGCUUCUGCUGGAAAGUUUCAUCACAUGUUUGCCGGGAAGCCACACCAUGUCUCCAAAGCAAGUCCAGGCAACAUUCAGAGCUGUGAUCUACACGAAGGCGACUGGGGCACAGUCGGCUCUAUCGUCUUCUGGAAUUACGUUCACGAUGGGGAGGCAAAGGUGGCGAAGGAGAGAAUAGAGGCGGUGGAGCCGGAGAAGAACUUGAUCACGUUUAGGGUUAUAGAAGGUGAUCUGAUGAAAGAGUACAAGAGCUUUGUGAUCACGAUCCAGGUGACCCCUAAGCAUGGAGGGUCUGGAAGUAUUGUCCACUGGCACCUUGAGUAUGAGAAAAUCAGCGACGAGGUAGCUCAUCCCGAAACUCUCCUCCAGUUCUGUGUUGAGGUCUCCCAAGAGAUCGACGAACAUCUCUUAUCCGAGGAAGAAGAGGUGAAGACAACAGAGACGCUUGAGACAGAGGUGGAGAUCAAAGCUUCCGCUGAGAAGUUUCAUCACAUGUUCGCUGGGAAACCACACCAUGUGUCUAAAGCAACUCCAGAUAAGAUUCAGAGCUGUGAUCUGCACGAAGAUGGGGAGGCAAAGGUUGCAAAGGAGAGGAUCGAGGCGGUGGAUCCAGAGAAGAACUUGAUCACGUUCAGGGUUAUAGAAGGUGAUCUGAUGAAAGAGUACAAAAGCUUCGUGAUCACAAUCCAAGUAACUCCUAAGCAUGGAGAUGGAGAGGCAAAGGUGGCGAAGGAGAGGAUCGAGGCGGUGAAACCGGAGAAGAAUCUGAUCACGUUCAGAGUUAUAGAAGGAGAUCUGAUGAAAGAGUACAAAAGUUUCUUGCUUACGAUCCAAGUGACCCCUAAGCAUGGAGGGUCAGGGAGUCUUGUGCACUGGCACCUUGAGUUCGAGAAAAUUAGCGAGGAGGUUGCUCAUCCCGAGACUCUCCUCCAGUUCUGUGUCGAAGUCUCCAAAGAAAUCGACGAACAUCUCUUGUCCGAGGGAUAGAGGAGAAUACUCUUGGUGUGCUAUAUCAUGUUCGUACUGUGUGGUUGAGGCAUACUGAUUAAUUUUACUCUUUGAAACUACAAUAAAUAAUGAGCCGUGUUCGUUAUGUGUGAGAGUGAUACUAUGUGAUAAAAGUGCAAUACUCUA